AUGGCCACGGUACUGUGGUUGCCCAAUUUGCUCCUGGCCUCCCUCCUGCUCUGUGUGGCUGUGGUGGAAGCAGCAACUGGGCGAUGGUGCGAGGAGACAGUGGAAGUGACAGCGGAGGAGGAGGUGACACCACGGCUGGAGGACGCGGUGCCCUGUGCCAGCCUCUACCACUACAGCCUGUCUGGGUGGCGGAUUGACCGUGAACGCAUGCGCCAAGCCUAUGGUGGGGACCGUGGUGAGCCCCAGCCUGGCUCUGGCAAACCCCUCUGCUACAUCUACCGACCCCCAGAGAUGCGGCCGGUGGUGUGGAACCGGACGGUGCUGGCCUGCUGCCGUGGCUGGAGCGGGCCGCACUGCACCGAAGGUGAAGGCUUGCUGGGGCAAUGCUAUGGCACGUGGCAGUGCCAGGAAGACGCCAGCAGCCACAACCUCAGUGCCAUGAGCCUGGCCGAGUGCUGCCGGCACCCCUGGGGCCACAGCUGGCGCAAUGGCUCCACUGCACCCUGCCUGGCCUGCACCCGCCUGCCCCUCACCGGCGAUGCAUCACCAAGGCUGUCACCUGCCGUGUCCCUGCGGGGAGCAGUCACCCAGCAUCGUGGCACCGGGGCUGAGUGCCUGGCCUGGGCUGGGUCUCGCUACCGCACCUUCGACCGGCGCCACUUCCACUUCUCUGGCCACUGCCUCUACACCCUGGCUACUGCCACUGAUGGCACCUGGGCCGUCACCAUCGCUGCUGGCGAGCACCGGGUGCUGCACAUGACCUUUGGCACGGACACGGUGUCGUUGCGGGGCCGGAACGUCUCGGUGAACGGCGCGGUGGUGCCUGAGGGGCAGCCGUACCUGCGCAGCGGGAUCACUGUCACCUGGCUGGGUGACUGGGUGGCUGUCGCCAGCGGGCUGGGCGUGAAGGUGGCAUCGGACGGGCACCAGGCGGUGACAGUGAUGGUGGACGCCGAGCUGCGGGGCAGCACGAGGGGGCUCUGCGGCACCUACAACGAUGACCCUGACGAUGACUUCCAGCGGCCGCGGGGGGACGUGGCUGCCUUUGCCUCCAGUUUUGGCAACUCCUGGAAGGUGCCGGCUGCCGCCACGGAGCCUAACUGCAGGGAUGCGGUGGAGCCUGGCCCCGGUUGUGCCAAGGGCACCGUGGUGCAGCGGGCAGCCGAGGCCAGCUGUGGCAAGCUGCUGGCUGAACCCUUCCGCCAGUGCCAUGAUGAGGUCGACCCUGGUGGGUUUUAUGCAGCAUGCCUGGAAUUGUGGUGCCAGGAGGGUGACGCCAGCACCUUGCCACCACCGACUGUCUGUGACACCUUUGCUGCCUAUGCCCGGAGCUGUGCUCACCACCAGACCCACCUGGACUGGCGCCAGCCUGGCUUCUGUGAGCGCAGCUGUGCCACAGGGCAGCGUUUCUCUGAUUGCAUCUCCUCGUGCCCCCCGAGCUGUGCCAGUGUGGGCAGUGCCGAGGCAGGGCCGUGCCACCACGACUGUGCCGGUGGCUGCGAGUGCAUGCCGGGGCUCUACUGGGAUGGGAGCCUCUGUGUGCCCCCCACUGCCUGCCCCUGCCACCACCGGCGCCAGCGCUAUGCCCCUGGGCAGAGCAUCCGCCAGCGCUGCAACCUCUGCACGUGCCAGGGUGGGCGCUGGCUCUGCGGGCAGGAGCGGUGCCCAGGGGAAUGUGCAGUGCUGGGAGGCCACCACUACAUCACCUUUGACCGCCGGCGCUUCUCCUUCCUGGGCACCUGUGCCCACAUCCUGGUGCAGGACUUUGUGGAGGGGCAGCUGCUGAUCACAGCUGAGCAUGGGGCUUGUGCUGACCAACAGACCCCCGUCUGCCACCGUGCCCUCUCCAUCAGUGCCCGACGGACCUCUGCCCGCCUCCGUGGCACAGGCGAGGUGAUGGUGGACGGGCAGGAGGUGUCGUUGCCCUUCUCUGGUGCUGAGCUGAGCAUCCGCCGCGUGUCCUCCUCCUUCGUGCUGCUCCAGACCUUUGGGGCCCAUGUGCUGUGGGGGCUGGAGACCCCCAACAUCUACAUCACCCUGCAGCCAACCUUCGCCGGCAAGGUGCGGGGCCUCUGUGGCACCUACAACUGGCACCAGCAGGAUGAGUUCACCACACCGGCAGGGGACGUGGAGCUCGGUGUCGUUGCUUUCGCCAACAAGUUCUGGGUGCCUGGCACUUGCCCAGCUCCUGGCCCUGUGCCCCUUGACUCCUGCGAUGCCUUCGCCGGGCACAGGGAGUUGGUUGAAGCUGCCUGUGCCAUCCUGCUUGGUGCUGCGUUCCAGCCCUGUCACCAGCUGGUGGAUCCAGAGCCAUUCCUGGAGCUGUGCCAGGCUGAGGCCUGCACCUGCCAGGAUUUGCCGCGGUGCCUGUGCCCAGUGCUGGCUGCAUAUGGCAGGGAGUGUGCCAGGGAUGGGGUUGAGCUCUCCUGGAGGAACCAGAGUUUCUGCCCUGUACCAUGUGCUGGGGGCCAGCUGUACCAGGACUGCGGCCGGGUCUGUGGCCGGAGCUGCGCUGAGCUGCGGUUGGAUGGGUCCAGGGGCUCCUGCCUGGAGCUGCCUGGGCUCUGCGUGCCCGGCUGCCAGUGCCCUGCCGGGCUGCUGCUGGCACAGGAAGGACAAUGUGUGCCCCCGUCUGCCUGCCCCUGCCGCCGUGGCACACAGCUCCAUCCACCUGGCACUCACCUCCGGCAGGGCUGCAGUGACUGCGUCUGCACCGGCGGCUCCUGGCGCUGUGCCGAAGGGCCCUGCCCCAUGGCUGCCCUCUGCCCAGGAGGGCUGCUCCCUGCCCCUGGCUCCUGCCUGCGCCGCUGCGACAGCACUGAGCCCAACGGCACCUGUGCCGGCAUUGCCGACGGCUGCGUCUGCCCCCCCGGCACCGUCUACCUGGAUGGCAGCUGCGUGGCACCGGAUGAGUGUCCCUGUGCCCACGGCGGGCAGCUCUACUGGCCCAAUGCCACCAUUGUCCAGGACUGCAACACCUGCGUGUGCCAGCGGCAGCAGUGGCACUGUGGGCAGGAGGCAUGUGCAGGGACCUGCGUGGCAACAGGGGACCCUCACUACAUCACCUUCGACGGCAGAGCCUUCACCUUCCCGGGGGACUGCGAGUACCUGCUGGCACGGGAGGCCACUGGGCUCUUCACCAUCACUGCUGAGAACGUGCCCUGUGGCACUGCCGGCGUCACCUGCACCAAGUCGGUGGUGGUGGUGAUGGGCAACACCGUGGUGCACAUGCUGCGAGGGAGGGAUGUGACGGUGAACGGGGUCUCAGUGCGACCCCCCAAAGUCUAUGGUGGCAGCGGGCUGGCGCUGGAGCGUGCUGGGCUCUUUGUCCUGCUCCUGUCCCGCCUGGGGCUGGCUGUGCUCUGGGAUGGAGGUACGAGGGUUUAUGUCCGGCUGGAGCCGCAGCACCGGGGCCGUGUGGCUGGGCUCUGUGGGGACUUCGACGGCGAUGCCGAGAACGAUUUCCGCAGCCGCCAAGGGGUCCUGGAGCCCAGUGCCCACCUCUUUGCCAACUCCUGGCGCCUCAGCCUGCUCUGCCCAGAGGUCGAUGGCACCGAUGCCCGGCACCCCUGCACUGAGAACCCCCACAGGGCACCAUGGGCUCGCCGGCGCUGUGCCAUCCUUCACCAGCAACUUUUUGCGCCAUGCCACGAGGCCAUCCCAUGCCAACGCUUCUAUGACUGGUGCCUCUUUGAUGCCUGCGGCUGUGACUCUGGAGGGGACUGUGAGUGCCUGUGUACAGCCAUCGCCACCUAUGCCCAGGAGUGUGCCCGGCGUGGCAUCCACGUCCCAUGGCGCAGCCAGGACCUGUGUCCCCUGCAGUGCAAUGGGGGUCAGGAGUACAGCCCUUGUGCCCCCCCCUGCCCCCCAACCUGCCGUGGCCUUGGCCGGGAGCCCCCCGAACACUGCCGCGACCUGCCCUGCCUGGAGGGCUGCUUCUGCCCCACAGGAACCGUGCUGCAUGAUGGCCGCUGCCUGCACCCCACUGAGUGCCCCUGCUUCUGGGAUGGCUUUGCCUUCCCAGCUGGUGCUGCAGUGCAGCAGGGCUGCAAGAACUGCACGUGCGCAGCAGGACGCUGGCAGUGCCCAUCCUCACCGGAUCCGUGCCCGCUGGCACCGCGCUGUGCCCCCUGGGAGUUCUCAUGCCACGCGGACGGGCGCUGCGUGCCGGGCACCUGGCUGUGUGACGAUGAGGACGACUGCGGUGAUGGCUCGGACGAGGCCUGUGCCCCACGCUGCGCCCCACACCAGCACCGCUGCGCCGACGGGCACUGCCUGGCAUGGGCUGGGCGCUGCGAUGGCACCGCUGACUGUGCUGACGGCUCAGAUGAGGCCGGCUGCCCCCCGACCUCCUGCCUGCCCCCCAGCUUCAGCUGUGCCAGCGGCCGCUGCGUGUCCCCAGCGCAGGUCUGUGACGGGCACCUGGACUGUGGUGAUGGGGAUGGCUCGGACGAGGCGGGCUGCAGCCCGCGGUGCGCGGAGGGCGAGUUCCGGUGCGCCGUGGGGCGCUGCGUGCCCUACCCCCAGCGCUGCGACGGCCGCGACCACUGCGGCGACUUCAGCGACGAGCGCGGCUGCGGCUGCCCCCCCGGGCACCUCCAGUGCCCCGAUGGGCGUUGCCAGCCUCCCGCCGCCGUCUGCGACGGGCACCGCGACUGCGCUGAUGGCACCGACGAAGCCUUCUGCCCCGAGCGGGCAACGUGCCCCCCUGGGCAGCUGCCCUGCCCCGAUGGCUCCUGCAUCGGCGAGGCCGCGGUGUGCGACGGUGCCAGCCACUGCCGUGACGGCUGGGACGAGAGUCCAGCAGGCUGCGCUGUGGCACUGCCCGCGGCUGUGCCCACCGUGCCCACCAACGCCUCAGCAGAGCCAGCGUGCGGCCCCUACGCCUUCAGCUGCGGCAGCGGGCACUGUGUGCCACGGGGGUGGCUGUGCGAUGGUGAGGCCGACUGCCAGGAUGGCACUGAUGAGCUGGGCUGUGCCAGCGACUGCCAGCCUGGCCACGUCCCCUGUGCCCACGGUGCCAGCUGUGUCCCCUAUGGGCACCUCUGCGAUGGCAUUGCCCACUGCCGCGACCAUUCCGAUGAGAGCCACGACCGCUGUGGCUCCAGCGCUGUUCUGCCAUGCCCGGGCCGCUUCUCCUGUGACGAUGGCAUUUGCCUCAACAUCUCGAGGGUCUGUGAUGGUGCCACCGACUGUCCCCAUGGCGAGGACGAGCUGGCCUGUGAGACCCAUGUCCCCACCAGUGCCAUCAACCAAACCAGGGGUCCCUGCACCGAAUUCGCCUGUGGUGGGGGCGAGUGCGUCACCUUCCAGCAGGUGUGUGAUGGUGUGUCAGACUGCAGUGCUGGGGGUGCUGAUGAGAGGGGCUGCGGGGUGUGGGGACCCUGGGGACCUUGGGGUCCCUGCACCCACUCCUGCGGGCCCGGCCAGCAGCGCCGCAGCCGUGCCUGUCACCAGCACCGCGCUGGCAUCCUGCACCGGUGCCAGGGCCAGGCCCAGCAGGAGCAGCAGUGCUUCAGCCUCGCCUGCCCCGUGGAUGGGUCCUGGGAAGAAUGGGGGCCCUGGUCCAGCUGCUCGGGGGGCUGCCAGGGGGUACGGCUGCGGCGGCGGCUCUGCCGGGACCCCCUCAACGGCGGCCGGGGCUGUGCAGAGCUGCCGGAGGGAGAUCCUCAGAGCGUCCAGAUGGGUCCCUGUGCCCCCGGGGGCUGCCCCAACGCUUCCUCCUGCCCAUGGGGGCUGCACCCACUCGCCUGUGCCCCGUGCCCUGCGUCCUGUGCCGACCUGGCUACGGGCACCGACUGCAGGCACCACCGGCCCUGCACUCCCGGGUGCUGGUGCGCAGCGGGGCUGGUGCUGGAUGCGGGCGAGGCUGGCGCCGGGCGGUGCGUGCGGCCGCGGGACUGCUUGUGCCAGGCUGGAGGGUUGCGGUACCGCCCGGGGCAGCUGGUGAAGGUCAACUGCCAACUCUGCACCUGCCUGGAAGGGCAGCUGCGGCUGUGCCACCCCAACCCCGACUGCACCGUUCACUGCGGCUGGUCGGCGUGGUCGGCGUGGGGUGAGUGCCCCGGGCCCUGUGGCACCCAGAGCGUGCAGUGGUCCUUCCGCAGCCCCACCAACCCCAGCCGGCGUGGCGGCGGGCGGCAGUGCCGGGGCAUCUACCGCAAGGCUCGCAGGUGCCAAACGGCUCCGUGCCGGCAGUGCCGGUACCAGGGCCAGUGGCACAGCCCAGGCGAGCGCUGGCGCAGGGAGCCGUGCCACGUCUGCCAGUGCCUGCCCAGCCUGGCUGUCCGCUGCUCACCAUACUGCCCGCUCCGUGCCACCGGCUGCCCACAGGGCCAGGAACUGGUGGAGGGCCAUGGGGAUGCCUGCUGCUCCUGUGUGCCAGGGGGUGACAACGUGACAGCCAUGCCCCCGAUUCUGGCAACAGAGCCCCCUGCUCCUGCCACCACAGUGCCACCAGAGUCUGCUGGCACUCCCCUCCUAACCUUCCCAUUGCCUCCCCUGGGUGACCCCUGCUACCGCCCCUUGGGCAUCGCCGCGCUGCCUGACAACAGCUUCAGUGCCUCCACGGCACAGGCUGGGAGCCCCCCCGAGGCUGCCCGGCUGCGCCAGGGCGAUGAUGGCAGUGAUGGUGCCACUGGGAUGGGGCUGCAGGGUUGGGCACCCCUGGAUGAAGCCCACACGGCACUGCCCACCCCCACCCCGUUCCUGCAAGUGGACCUGCUGCAGCCCACCAACAUCACUGGGGUGGUGGUGCAGGGAUCUGGCUCCUCCGAUGCCUUCAUCACUUCCUUCCUGCUGCACUUCAGCGACGAUGGCAGCCGCUGGCACCGCUACCGCCAGCUGUUCCCGGGGAGCUGGGCGUCGGGCACGCCGGCGGUGCGGCUGCUGGGCCGCAUGGUGCAGGCACGGCACCUCCGCAUCCUGCCCAGGGGCUUCCACCGCCACAUCGCCCUGCGCCUUGAGCUGCUGGGCUGCCCACCAGUGCCAGUGCCGACAGUGGCAGUGCCAGUGAUGAUGCCGGUGACGAGGACAUCGCCAGCGAUGCCAACACAGCGCCCAUGCGGUGCCGGCGAGUUCCGCUGUGCCAACGGGGUGUGCAUCCAGGGGGGGCCCCAUGGUGCCAUGUGUGAUGGCAUCAACGACUGUGGAGACCUCUCGGACGAGCUGCCCUGCGGCCUGGUGCCCCCAGGAACACCCUCUGCGAUGCCCCAGCCGUGUCCCCCACCCCUCUUCACCUGCUCGGGCACCGGCAGCUGCCUCCUGGCACACCACAGGUGCGAUGGCAUUGCCGACUGCGCCGAUGGCACCGAUGAGGCUGAUUGCUCCACCAGCCCCCCUGUCGGGGUCGCCCCCUCCAGCUGCCCCCCCAAGCAGUUCGGCUGCGGCAGCGGGGGGGGCUGCGUGCCCCGCGGGAAGCGCUGCGACCUCCGCCCCGACUGCCCCGACGGCUCGGACGAGCGCGGCUGCGUCGACUGUGUCCUGUCGCCCUGGGGGGAGUGGGGGCCCUGCAGCCGCUCCUGCGGGCUGGGGGUGACCCUGCGGCUGCGGGUGGAGCUGCGGGGAGCCCUGCCCGGGGGGGACUGCGACCGCCCCCGCAUCGACACCCGGCCCUGCUUCGAGAGAGCCUGCCCAGUGCCCGGCGGCUGGGCGCGCUGGGCAUCGUGGUCGCCCUGCGACGCCCCAUGCGGGGGGGGCGUGAGGAGCCGGACCCGGAGCUGCAGCGACCCCCCCCCCAAAAACGGGGGCGAGCCCUGCCCAGGCCCUCCCCUGCAGAGCGAGCCCUGCAACCUGCGGCCCUGCGGGGACCCCCCAGCCUGCGACCCCCCGAUGCUGUUUGUGGGGCCCGGGGGCUGCGAGGUGGGGCACGUCCCUUCCUGCCCCCCAACCUGCGGGGACCUGAGCACCAACGGGAGCUGCCCCGAGGAGUGCCAGGAGGGCUGCCGGUGCCCGCCGGGGCUGUACAUGCAGGAUGGCAGCUGCGUCACUGCCACUGACUGCCGGUGCCACCUGCCUGGCCGCCAGCUCCUGCCCGGGGAGGCCUUUGCCAGCAGCUGCCAGACCUGGUCGCCCACCAACCCCCCUGCAGCCGCUGGUGGUGCCCCCUGUGCUGGGCCCAGCCAGGAGCAACGUGAGUGCCAGGAGCCCUGCGUCACCAAGGCACCCUGGGGCACAGGGGAGCCGUGGGGUGAGUGGGCACCAUGGGCACCAUGGGGGCCCUGCAGCGUCUCCUGCGGUGGGGGAGAGCGGCUGCGCCAGCGGCAGUGCCAGGGGGCACCAUGCCCAGGACAGGGCCUGCAGAGCCAGAGCUGUAACAGCCAUGUCUGCCGCGAUGCUGGGUGCCCUCCGGGGCGGCUGUUCCGUGGGUGCCCAGGGGACGGGGGGUGCCCCUUCAGCUGCGCCCACCUGGCAGGGAGGGAGGAGUGUGCCCAGGGGGACUGCACCGAGGGGUGCCACUGCCCCCCUGGCACCCUCCUGCACCGUGGAGCCUGCGUGCAGGAGUGUCCCUGUGUGGUGACGGCGGAGCUGCUGCGGGAGCUGCAGGACGGGGGUACCGCCCCCCCGGCCCCCCCGGCCCCCCCUGUCAGCAGCAGCCCCCACGGCCCCAGCCCCCACGGCCCCAGCCCCCACGGCCCCAGCACCAAUGGCACCAGCACCCACGGCCCCAGCACCAAUGGCACCAGAACCCACGGCCCCAGCACCCACGGCCCCAGCACCAAUGGCACCAGCACCAAUGGCACCAGCCCCCACGGCCCCAGCCCCCACGGCCCCCGCCUCGUCCUGGGCCAGGAGGUGCCCCCGGGCAGCAUCAUCCAGCUGGGCUGUGGCAACUGCUCGUGCCAGGGGGGCCGCCUGCGCUGCCCACCCGGGGGAUGCCGAGAGGGACACUGGAGUCCCUGGGGCCCCUGGAGUCGCUGCUGGCCCGACUGCGGGGAGGGACUGGGGGUCAGCACCCGCCGGAGGGGCUGCCCCGGAGACCCCUCCCCGGCCCCGCGCUGCGCUGGGGCCAGCACGGAGAGCAGGUUCUGCCGCAGCCCGCCCUGUGCCGGCAGCGGGGCCGGGGGGCACUGGGGGCCCUGGGGGCCCUGGACCCCCUGCAGCCGCAGCUGUACCCGCCCCGAGGCUCCGGCAACCAAGAGCCGGCGGCGGGACUGCGAGGUGGGGUCGGGGGGCUGCGGGGGGGUCGGCCUCCAGCAGAGACCCUGCAACCUGCCCCACUGCUCAGUGUCGUGUCCCUGCUCCCCCUUCGUCUCCGCAGCUGCCCCUUCCCGCGACUGCCGCUGGACCCCCUGGGGACCGUGGGGGGGCUGCUCCCGCAGCUGCGGCGGGGGGCAGCAGCUCCGCAUCCGCGCCUAUACCCCGCCGACUCCGGGGGGCCGCUGGUGUCGCGACAUCCUCCGCGAUAACCUCCAGUAUCGAGCCUGUGGGCUGCGGGCCUGCCAGGUGGCCGGUGCCUGGUCCCCGUGGUCGCCCUGGUCCCACUGUGACCGCAGCUGUGGCGGGGGGCGCUCCAUUCGCAGCCGCUCCUGCACCCGUCCCCCCCCCAAAAACGGGGGGCAGCCCUGCCCGGGGGAGCGGCACCAGCUGCGCCUCUGCAACCCUCAGCCCUGCGGCACUGGGUGCCCCCCCGGCCUGGCACCGGUGCCCUGUGCCACCCAGUGCCCGCGGCACUGCCGGGACCUGCAGCAGGGACUGGUCUGCGCGGAGGGGCAGUCCUGCCAGCCUGGCUGCCGCUGCCCCAAUGGCACGCUGGAGCAGUCGGGGCGCUGCGUGCCCCCCAGCCAGUGUCCCUGCCUGUCCCGGGGAGGGCGGCUCUGGCCUGCCGGGAGCCGGUCCCGGGCCGGUUGCUGGAGCUGCCGCUGCAGCUGGGGGGUUCUGAGCUGCACCCCCAGGAGCUGCCCCCCGCCGCGCUGCGUCUUCAGCCGCUGGAGCAGCUGGGCAGCCUGCAGUGUCACCUGCGGCGGCGGCACAAGGGAGCGCUACAGGACGCGGAUCGCAGGGCGCUGCGCGGGGGCGGAGCGGCAGAGCCAGCGGUGCCAGGAGGGGCCAUGCCCACCCCUUUGCCCCUGGGCUGGGGGCCAGCGGCACCUGGGCGAGAGCUGGACCGGGGCGGGCUGCGAGAGCUGCACCUGCACACCCGAGGGCCCCCAGUGCCAGGCCACCCCCUGUGCUGAUGUGUGGGUCUGCAUGUGGGGUGCCUGGACCCCCUGCAGCCGCUCGUGUGGCACCGGCCUGGCCACGCGGGAGGCCACCUGCACCCGCCUCGAUGGCACCCACGGGGGUGGCACCCAUGGCAACGGCACCCCUGGAGGUGGCAUCCAUGGAAGUGGCACUCACGGCAAUGACACUGGUGGAGAUGGCACCCAUGGCAAUGACACCCAUGGCAAUGGCACCCAUGGCAAUGACACCUAUGAUGAUGGCACCCCCGGCAAUGGCACCCAUGGCAAUGGCACCCAUGGCAAUGACACCUAUGAUGAUGGCACCCCCGGCAAUGGCACCCAUGGCAAUGGCACCCAUAGGGAGGUCAAGGCCUGUUACCUGCGACCAUGCCCAGCCGCCUGCCCCUGGGGCCCCUGGAGCCACUGGACGCCCUGCUCCUGCCAGACCCCCUGGCAGCACCGGCACCGGCACCGUCUGGGCACUGCAGGCUGUGUGGGCACCGAUGGGCAGAGCCGCCCCUGCAACACCUCGGGGUGCUCGGAGCUGAGCUGUGUCCCCCCCUUCCGGUACCAGCCGUGUGCCCCCCCCUGUGCUGGGCUCUGUGCCAGCCUCCAGCACCCUCAGUUCUGCCCAGUGCCCUCCCGGUGCCAGCCUGGCUGCGUCUGCCCACAGGGGCUGCUGGAGCAGUCGGGGGGGUGCGUGCCCCCCUCCCAGUGCCGCUGCCUGCACCCCAGUGCCCCCCAGUCCCUGGCUGCCGGUGCCCGCGUCCGGCUGGGCUGCAAGGAGUGUGUGUGCCAGAACGGGACCCUGCAGUGCAGUGACAGCGGGUGCUGGGGGCAGCUGCCGCUGAGCCCCUGGUCAGAGUGGGGACCCUGCAGCCCCUGCCAGCUCCUGCCCACGCUGCAACCUGGCACUGGGGCACCGAGCCUGGCAUGGCCGGGAAGGGGUGCACUGGAUGAGGGGACACCAGUGGCUGAGUGGAUGCCAGAUGAGUGGACACCAGAUGAGUGGACACCAGAUGAGGGGACAUUAGAUGAGGGGACAGCAGCCAGUGAGUGGACACAGGGUGAAUGGACAUCGAAUGAGGGGACACUGGUGGCUGAGGGGACACCGGUGACAGAGGGGACACCAGCGACAGAGGGGACACCAGCUGAGUGGACACCAGUGGCUGAGUGGACAGUGGCUGAGACAACACUGGUGGCUGAGGGGACACCAGUUGAAGUGACGUUGGCAGCUGAAAGGAUGCCAAUGGGCAAGGGAAUGCCAACGAUGGAGGCAACAUCAGCCAAGGGGACACUGAUGCCCGAGGUGACACAGCCCAAGGAGACACCAGCAGAGGUGGCACUGCCUGAGGGGACCCAGGUGGCUUCACGGCAGUGGCGCUACCGGACCUGUCUGGACCCCCAGAGUGGCCUGGCCUGGGAGGGCCCCGCGGCUGCCUGCUCCUCUGAGCUGCGCCAGCAGCGGCCCUGCCCAGACACCUCCCUGUGCCAAGACUUCUGCCUCUGGAGCCCCUGGGGACCCUGGGGACCCUGCCUGGAUCCCUGUGGCAGUGGCUACCGCCUGCGCCAACGCCAACUGCUGCAGAAUGGGGACUGCGUGGCUGUCACCACCUCUGGGGACAAUGGCACUCGCCAGCUGCCAGCAGGGGAGGUGGCACAGCAGCAGUGCCACAACUGCACAUGCCAGAACGGGACCUUCGGCUGCCCGACGUCACCGUGUCCCUCCUAUGGGCCAUGGUCACUGUGGGGACCCUGCUCCAGGAGCUGCGGUGGUGGCAACACCUCCCGGCACCGUGACUGCCGCCAGAGCGCCGGUGGCGUGGCCUGUGGUGAGGCUGGCACCCAGGAGACAGCUGAGUGCAACCAACAGCCCUGCCCUAGUGGUGGGACACAGGGCUGUCCCACCGGUGAGUUGUGGCAAGACCCAGAGCUACCCUACGGCUGCAACCAGAGCUGCCAGCAUAUUGGGCACGAGCCCCCACCUGACUGCCCUGUGCCACCAGCUGCGGGCUGUGUGUGCCAGCCUGGGCACUACCGCAACGACAGCGGGCACUGUGUCCCGGCUGCCCAGUGCCAGUGCUGGCACCGUGGGCAGCUGCACCAGGCUGGCAGCAAUUGGCAGGAGUCGUGCCAGGUGUGCCACUGUGUGGCUGGGAGGGUGGUCUGUGCCCCCCUCCAGUGCUCCCCGGUCACCUGCCCUGAGGGCUCGGUCAAGGUCCGGGAGCCAGGGGGCUGCUGCCCUGUGUGCCGGGAGCUGUGGCCGGAUGUGUCCCCCUCCACGUGCCACCGCGUCACCGAGCUGCGGAACAUCACCCAGGGCCCCUGUGCCCUGCCUGGGGUCAACGUCACCUCCUGCGCUGGGCAUUGCCCGUCCCGCACUGCCGUCACCACCCAGGAGCCGUACCUGCGCAGCCUGUGCCAGUGCUGCAGUUACCAGCUGGACCCUGCCAGCCCUGUCCGCACCCUGCGGCUGCUGUGCCCGGGAGGAGGCACCCGGCCUGUGCUGCUGCCCCGGAUCAGUGCCUGCCACUGCUCUGCGUGCCAGGGUGGGGAUUUUUCCCAGCACUGA